AUGACUUUAUGGGAUCCCAUACUGUUAUCAAAAUCUAAACUUCGAAAGGAUCUUCUUCUGAACUAUACAAAGGAGUUACCACCAAAUGAUACGCAGACUAUUGUCUACAUAUCUUUCAGUGCCUUUGAUACUACUAAUAUAAUAGAUUUUGAUGAAGAGGACGGGAAAUUUUCAGUUAGUGGAUAUCUUGAAGUGUCCUGGAUAGAUCCAAGAGUCGCCAUGAACUGGGCUUCCUCGCCAGGUUUUCAAACUGAAGAUUUUCCAUUGUAUUUAAAGGACUCAGAAGUCUGGACUCCACUUAUUCGUCAGAUCAAUGCGUACAGUAGAUCUGAUUUUGAAAAUAUGGUCGAAGAAACAGUAAUGUUUCAUAGAGACGGAUCUGCAUUGAUGGUAAAAAUGGACAUAUUUACUACAGAAUGCAAAACAAAUUAUAGAUAUUUUCCUUUUGACACACAAGAAUGCUCAAUAGACAUGGUGAUAUGGGGAUCAUUUAUGGGAGAAACUAUCUUAAAAGCACAUAACAGCACAAUCAACAAGGCACUUUACAAAAAAACUUACAAUUGGAACUUAGAGGAUGCCAGCAUUAGUGUUGACAGCAUUGAUGGUUUCAGGAAUAAAAGGACCUCCGAAGUUCAAAGGGCGAGAAUUAAAUUUAAGAUAAAACGAAAUUCAACAUAUUAUGUAUGUUUUCUGAUCCUUCCUUUUAUAAUAUUACAAUCGCUCCAACCGUUUGUGUUUUUGAUGCCACGGGAUUGUGGUGAAAGAGCCAGUUUCUCGGUAACUGUUCUGCUCUCGAUAGCUGUGUAUCUCACUAUAGUAGUUGAUCAUAUUCCAAAAACACCAGAAUCUGAUAUCUCUUUGUUGGGAAUCAAGAUGGUUAUUGAUGUUUUCACAGGGGCUUGUUUUCAAGUUUUUGUGAUCUUGCGUCAUCGUUUCAACAAUAAAAUAUGUCGGUCAAAAGUGGAAUUAUGUAAAGUCUCUAAGGAUUCUGAGAACACUAGCCCCAGUCCUGAAAAUGAUACAGGAAAGGGAGAGACGACGGACUUAAAGGACUUUUGCCUCACACUUUUCAUGGUAGGGAUUUCUCAUACUUAUACUAUUUGGAUAUACCUUUCUUCAGAAGUUUAA